CGUCACUUAAUUCUGAGUCUGCGUCGACGCAGGCAGUUUGUUGUGUCCGCCAUAUUGAACUGCUCACAGAAGGAACGUAUCGAGGACGAGUUCUAAAAUUCGAAUUAAUCUAUUUUUUGAACUUUUAAAAUUAUGUAUGAUUUAUAAUGUUUCCUGCAUAGUGAGCAAUGGGGAAAAGAUAUUACUGCGACUACUGUGACCGCAGUUUUCAAGACAACCUGCACAACAGAAAGAAGCACCUAAACGGCGUCCAGCAUCACCGGGUGAAAAAAACCUGGUUUGACAACUUCAGAGACGCUGCCACAGUUUUAAAUGAAGAGCGGACAAAGGAGCCCUGCAGAAAGUUUCUCCAGACAGGACAAUGCGUAUUUGGUACAAGCUGUCGUUUUUCGCACAUGUCUGAGAGACAUAUGAAGAUGCUGGAGCAAAAGAUUGAUGAUGAAAAGCGGCAGAAGGAAGACCCUGACCAAGAUGGAUCAUCUACUGAGCACUGCAGUGAUGAAUGGCUCUCCAGAAGAGAGAAGAAACUGGCUGCUUUGACAUCAGGAAGAGUUUUAAAGAUGGAAGAGGAAGAAUGUGCUGAAAACAUUGCGAUACCUCCAUAUUUGCUGUCUAUUCCAGAUCUUCCUCCAUCUCUUCAUCCUCCACCAACUGGUGGCUGGAGAGUGACGCUACACAGUGAAUGGGGUUGAAAUGUAAUUUAUAUAAGUUCUUUUUAAUUAUUACUUUUUUUCCUUCAAGAACAUGCUGCUAACUUUUAUCAUUUCAAAGCCCUUGUAUGCAAUUCCUUAAAGGAAUAGUUUGCACAAAAAUAAAAACAAAAUUGCUGAAAAUGUCCUCACCCUCAGGCUGUCCAAGAUAAUUUUGUUUGUUCCUUGUAAUGCUAAAUUUCUCCAAAUCUGUUCAGAUGAAGAAACAAGCUCAUCUACAUCUCGGAUGGCCUGAGUGAAUUUUCAGCUAAUUUUCCUUUCUGGGUGAACUGUUUUUUGAAGGGAGAACAGUGUGUAUAUUUGUAUCAAAUUGUAUGGCUUAAAAAAAUCAUGUUUUGCAAGAAUAAACAAGUUUACAUUGUGGACAGAACCCAGUGCACUGAAUUUCGUAAUGUGGAGCUGUAAUUAGUGUGUCAGGAGAAGAACACAAUGUUCUUUUCCUUUAUAAGUUGGGCGUUAACAUAAUUGAUUGCUUUUAUUUGCUGUGUAUCAUGAAGUUGACAGUGUUCCCAAGCUGAACGUUACACUAUGGAGAGAGUUACUGUUUUUGUCUGCCUUCUGUGUCAGUGGUUUAGAUUAAAAUUCAGA